AUGGCCACCACCGUCUCCGAGCCGUUUCCCAUCACCCUCACCAGUGGUCGAUUCAUGGUCUACGAUGUUCAGACCAUUGCACACGUUCAGCGAAACCACGGCAUCGAAGGCGCAUCGCAGGCACUCGACCAGUAUAANCCCCUCGAACUGAGAUCCGAAGAUGUCGCCCUACUAGUCAACAAAGGCGCUGCCCAGAUCAUCAGAGACGACAAGAGCAGGCCGCCAGCAUCACCAUCACCAUCACCAUCGAAUGCGCCAACGUCACCAAAUGGCCUUCCCAAGAUCGCUACGGCUAGCGACAACACACAAGACAACUGGAACGACAUCCCUGAAGACAUGUUUGCUUCUCGUGGGAGGACGAACAAGACCAAGAAGGCUCGCUCCCGUCUCGGUGUAUCACCUAUCCCUUCUACUGCGCCAGGGAGUCGUACUGCUAGUGUCGCUGGGCUCCAUGCUGGUCCGCCUCCGUUAAGGCCUGCUGCUUCGCAACCCAUGUUGCGCCCACCACCUCCGCCUUCGCGACAAACUUAUUCCUGA